CAUAGCAGUACCGUAUUAAGCAUGUCUCCACGAAAUCUGUAAAUUCUGAUUACUUACCACACCUACCUAAUAGGUAGGCACUUAUAGCCGAUAACGUCAUUGAGGCAUGCGCCAAUCACAAAGGAACUCUCACAUCCCCGACAUUCGAUUGCUUUGAAAUGUGUAUGUUGCUGAUAAAUGGCUUCCAGUCCAUGGCUACUAUUCCCCAAGUAUAUAAUGACUCUUUCAUCGUCACUUUGAAUACUUCAGUAGAAUCAAUCCAGAACAGACACUACAACUUCAUCAUAGCUAAUACAAUAACUUGAACCAAACCUUUAAAACCACUGCCGUCAAUCAAGUUCAAUUGAUUGAGAACCAACUCAAGUAUCAUUCCCUCCUACAAAUUCAGUUUAUCCUCAUAUCCGAAAUCAAAAUGGCCAUCUCAGCCCCUAUCACCGUCCCUCACGGUACCGUCACAGCAAAGCUUAACUUCUCUCGCCACCCUCCCGAAGGAGAAGUCGCUUUCAACUAUGUAGAUGCCCCACCAGCCGGCGAACCCCAGCACAACGUCGAGAAGUACUUCCAAGAUGUCACAAUCGAGGAUGUUCGCGGACACGAGUCCGAGUUCACUCUGGACAACGAUGCGUUCCAAAUCAUCCAAGACGUGCCAGAGUCCAAGGAGAAGGACUUUGCCGACGAAGCCUCCAUCAAAGCGAACUACUAUCCGGAGGUGGAGAAGCUACUGCUAGACCACAUCCCGGGCAGCAACCGGAUCUUCCUCUUCGACCACACGGUGCGCCGAGCGGGGCCCAACGCGAACCGUAAGGCCGUGCAGACGGUGCACAUCGACCAGACGGCAUACUCAACCGAGAAGCGCGUUCGUACGCACAUGGGCGACGAAGCCGACAAAUUGUUGCAAGGUCGCUACCGCAUCGUCAACGUCUGGCGCCCGCUGAACAAGAACCCCGUCGAGUCGAUGCCGCUGGGUUUCGCGUCCAGCGCAACACUAGACCAGAAGGACGUCAUCCCCGUCGAGCACAGGUACCCACACGGUUACAUCGGGCAGACGGCCGCCAUCGCUUAUAACCCGGCCCAGAAGUGGCAUUACUUGAGCGGCAUGGUCGGCAGCGAGCGUCUAUUUCUGGAGUGCUUUGAUAGCGAGAGCUUGAAGGAGGGCACGAGUGUCAAGGGCGGCCGUGUGGCGCACACUGCUUUCGAGCAUCCUCAGUCGCGACCAGAUGCCGAGGGCAGAGAGAGCAUUGAGGUCCGCGCUCUUGUCUUCGGACCUUGAGAGGCUGGACUUUAGAGUAGUUACUGACGAAGAUAUGAAUGGGUUCAAAAUUGCAUGGUCGCGCUAGCAUUCCGGAGUUUUUUUAUUUAUAUAGGUACUUAACUAGACAUAAUUAAAUUGCAUACUAUACUAAUUCAUGGGUGGUAUAUUGUCUGCCUACAGCUGUACAAGUG